UGAUUGUAAAAAACAAUGGGAUCCAAUAUCAAAGACAACAACACGCAAACAGAUAGAGAGAGAAAGUGAGAAGAAUUUUAGAGAGAGAAAGUGAGAGAGAGGUGAACACCGACCGGACGUUCGGUGCUCCGCUCAUCACGGUUGUGGCCCCACCGCUCCGUAUUUAACGCUCUAAAGGAUCACAUGUCAAACAUAGAGGAUAACAAAGAACUUGGACAGAUGGAUGUGGAUGCAUCUGGUGGGUCAGUUAACAUGCCAUCGCCUCAGAAGCAGGAGGAAACUUUAAAGAAAAAAUAUGGAGGAAUGAUUCCCAAAAAACCGCCACUUAUUUCUAAGGACCAUGAGCGUGCUUACUUCGAUUCUGCAGAUUGGGCGUUGGGAAAGCAAGGCGGUGGUGGUAAGCCUAAGGGACCACUCGAGGCUCUCCGGCCUAAACUACAGCCAACACAACAGCAGACGCGUUACCGGAAAUCUCCAUACGCCCCGUCGGGUGAAGAAGGUGGAAGUGUUCCAUCUGAGGAGGAUGCACCUUCCAAUGAGUAAAAGCAGCAAUCAGGGUUUUGAUGAUUUGCUGAUUAUUAUUGUUCUGGUAUACCUCAGUAGGUAUAACUUUUUGUUGUUUUCAACAAUAAAAUAAGUUUAUUAUUAUUAUGGAUUCAUAUUAAUUAGAUAAAGGACAAGUUAUUUGGCCUGCAGCUAUGCUGUAGACACUUCCUGUGA